GCUGAGCAAGCCCGAGGGGAUGUUUUACGCAAUAACUAGGACAGCUCGCCCUGCUCCGUUCGCGUUAUCAUGCGAGCGAAGAUGCUUACUGCAAAUAUCUCAGUACCCGCAGAUAUCUCGCCAAGAAUAGCCUUGUCACCGAACAGAACGUCAUCCCACACAUGACUGACGCCAGCGGUCCGCAAAGAGUUAUCUUUGAAGGCCUGGAGGUGGUCAUCCCCGGCUUGGAAUGGGUGGCAUCACCCGAGGGUCCUGAAAAAGGGCCGUGGUCAGCGACAACAGCAGUUGACGUGGAUGGCUGUAUCGGACAACCUCGCGGCAAUGCCUCCAGCAAGCGCAUACAGCUGGGACCUUGGGCGAUCCUCGCGGCCGCCUUUUUCCUCGGCGCCCUCAUAGGCAGCGCCAUCGUGGGGGGUACGCUGGGCUCCGUCCUGUCCACCCGACCUCCGGCUUCGCCGUCCGUACCCGGCGGCCAAACAUUGUCCACUUCUCUAGCCUCGGAAACUAGGACGGAAAGCACCACCACCACAGCCACCAACACCUCUCCCGCGGCCUCGUCAACGCGCACCUCGGCCACAGCCUCACCGACGACGAGUGGCGCGGCCCCUACCCUACUGGCGAACUUCGAAGUCGUGCCGCCGGGCAACAUCAGCACGCUGGCCUUUGGCUGUCCGGCGCAGGGCGGGGACAAGGCAGCGACGGUGCAUGGGGUGAUAUUCCGUAUCGAGUGCUACAAGGACUACCUCAGCUUGUACGACGGGAAGGAGGCGCCGGGGAAGAUACACGACAUCGCGGCCAUCCUGGCCUACACUUUCGAAAGCUGCGUGGCGGCGUGCGUUAGCUACAACGUCCUUUCGGCGCGGCUUGAGCCCCCCAGGCCGUCCUCGCUCGUUUGCCGCGCCGCCGUCUUCCGCCGGAGGCUGGCGGGCGAUGGACCAUUUGCUGACACAGGCGGCAACUGCUUCCUGAAGAACGCAACUGUGGUGAACGAGGGCGGUGGGUGGGUCAACACGGACGUUGUGACGGGGGUCCUGAUCCCGGGGACCUGACGCCUUGCCGAAUGCAGGUUCAAGGCAUACGAGAAAUGAGGGGGCAAAACAUUAUGAUUAUUACUCCCAGGUCGAAGUAAAUUACAGCGAGGCAGCCUGGAGAGAG